ACUCAAUCAAUUUACUUUGAUCCGAUUUUGAUUCACUUAGCCGUUCGCGCCAUGACUCCUCUCAGACAAAAACCGGCCUACAAGGUGGCGGCGAUUCAAGCUUCUCCAGUAUACUUUGAUCUCGAAGCUACUUUGGCCAAAGCGAUCGCUCUUACCCGCGAAGCGGCCUCCAAUGGGGCUACCCUCGUCGUAUUCCCCGAGCUCUAUCUUCCAGGCUACCCCUUCUACAUCUGGCUUGAUCCCUACGGCAAGUGGACGGAAAGAACCGAGGGAUAUUACGCCAACUGUCCUGCGAUCGAUGGACCAGAACGCGACAUCCUGGUCUCGCUGGCACAGGAACUACAAAUCACCAUAGUGAUGGGAUGCGGGGAACGAGAUCACGGUAGCCUCUACAUGGCUCAAUGGAUUAUUGGCCCAGAAGGACUGAUCGCGCAGAGGCGCAAGUUGAAACCGUCCUUAAUGGAGAGGGUCGUGUUUGGCGAAGGCGAUGGGUCCGACAUCCGAGUACAUGAUUCGCCUCUCGGAAGGAUCGGCGCUUUGAACUGCUGGGAACACAACGUGCCUCUCAUCAAGCAUAUUAUGGCGUGUCAACAUGAAGAGGUUCAUUGCGCGAGCUGGCCCCACCUACACGACAACAUGCCUCAUCAUUCUCUAAGCCGUACUGCCAACGUCGGAUCCAACCGGGCUUAUGCGAUCGAAGUCGGUACUUUCGUCAUCAUGGCGACUGCACCAAUUAACGAACAAAACGCCCAGCACCUGUGUGGCGACGACCAAACCAAGCGGGAGAGUUUAGGGAUGGGAGGCGGUUGUUCGAUGGUCUACGACCCCGAAGGAAGGGAGAUUGCGGAGCCUUUAGACGAGUACGCUGAAGGGAUCGUGUAUGCCACGGUGGACCCGGUCAAAUGCAGCUUGGCGAAAGCAGCUCUGGACACGGUCGGUCAUUACGCUCGCGAAGAUGUCUUCAGGGUAACGUUCGAUGCAGAACCUCGCCAAUCGGUCAAAUUACACACCUCAGACCCCCGCAAAGAUCAACGGUUCAGGAUUUCGAGAACCGAAAUGUUCUCUACGGCGACGAAGCGGUUGUGCGAGAAUGCCGGGGCGGCAAGUGUUAUCCGGCCAUAAAAGGGGUUCUGACUGAGCGACCGACCGGAGGCUUGCUA